AUGACGAAGGACUCGGAGGACAGCAUUCCAGAUGCCUUUGAGGUGGUGCCACCUCAGAACUGUCCCUUCCCGGACAACCGUGUCACAUACAUUGGUGGCUGGGUGGUCAGUUACCUUAUCAUGAUGUGUUUCAUGAGCUCUUGUAAAAUGUUGAUUCACACGCUGCAGUAUUUCACCACUGCGUCCUCUCAAGUUCCAAACUUCCCAGAGGUUGUGAUUGUUGGUUAUGUUGAUGGAGUUGAGAUUAGUUACUAUGACAGCAACAUCAGGAAAGCAGAAUCCAAACAGGACUGGAUGAACAAAAUCACAGCAGAGGAUCCAAAAUACUGGCAGAGACAAACAGAGAUGUGUGUUGGUCAUGAGUUUACUAACAAACACAACCUUGAAGUUCUUAAGAAGCGUUUCAACCAAACUGGAGGUGUUCACAUUUUCCAGAGGAUGUCAGGAUGUGAAUGGAAUGAUGAGACUGAUGAGGUUAAAGGUUGGCGUCAGGAAGGUUAUGAUGGAGAAGAUUUCCUAUCGUUGGACAUGAAGACAUGGACAUAUACUGCAGCAAAACCACAAGCUUUCCUUGACAAACUCAAGUGGGACCAGAACAUAUUUAUACUAGACUACAACAAGUAUUAUUACACUGAGGAAUGUCCUUCUUACUUGAAGAAGUAUGUGAAGAAUGGGAAGAAGGUCCUAAUGAGAACAGAGCUUCCAGAGGUGUUCCUCCUCCAGAAGACGCCAUCCUCUCCAGUCACCUGCAUGGCGACAGGUUUCUACCCCGACUUAGCCGACCUGUUUUGGAGGAAAGACGGCGAGCAGAUCUUCGAGGACGUGGAGCACGGAGAGCUGCUCCCCAACCACGACGGAACCUUCCAGAUGUCGGUGGAGCUGAAAGUGGAGGUGACGGCCGAGGUGGAGGGCAAGUACGAAUGUGUGUUCCGGCUGUCUGGCGUCAAGGAGGACCUGGUCACCAAGCUGGAGAGAAGAAGCAUCCUGAGCAACGCAAGCCAUGAAGGUGAGAAAGACACAUUUAGUUGGAGAUGUUUCCCAUCACAAGUCCACCUGUCACCAUUAUUGAUCCAUGUCACCAUGACAACGCUUGACGUCUGCAUGCAAAGUAGUCAUGAAGGUUUCCUCUUCAUGCUUUGUCACUCCACUUGUGCUUUUUUGCUCUCCACAGACAACUGGAGCGUCGCCCUCGCUGCCACGGCGGCGGUCGUCGCUGUGGCGGCCGUCCUGGCGGCCAUCAUCAUCGUCAUGGUCAGGCGUCACAGAAACAGACAAGGUGAGGGACACCAAUGUCCUCCGUCUUCUUCUUCUUCUUCUUCUCGGUCCAGGCCGUGAGUUGAUGCUUUCAUCCGGGCUGCAUGUUUUAGUUGCCUUCCAGCCAAACACUCAAAGAUCCACAGAGACAGAGCGCACACUCUCACAUAGAAAGACGUGAGGAAAAAGUCCAUUUCACCUUGUUUCACUUUCAUUUCAGCCCAGUACGA